AUGGAAAACAGCCAACACAAAGAAGGCUCUGCCGCGCUCUUUGAGAGCGACGACGAGGUCCCGUCAGAAACGGACGCCGACGCAGAAAACCUGGACCCGGCCAAACUGCUGCAGGCCAUCAACGAGAAGAACAAGAAGUCGGUGCCCGAGCACCCUCCCAGCGAGCACCCGUACACCAGACGCCUCUACAAGGAGAGCGUGUUCAUCAGCUCGCUGUCGCCGGACGAGGUGAACUCUUUGCGGCUGCGCGACGCGAUCACCGUACGUGGCAAAUCUGUUGCCCGGCCUAUCAUCACGUGGGACCAUCUGGGACUGCCUCUUUCGCUACGGAGUGCGCUGGACUCGCUCGGUUUCGAGGCUCCCACGCCUAUCCAGUGCGAGGCUCUCCCGAACGUGAUGAGCGGCCACGAUCUGAUUGGAAUUGCCAAGACUGGCUCUGGAAAAACCCUUGCGUUCCUGCUGCCUUUGUUUCGCCAGCUGCUUGCGAACCCAGCGGCGCCGUCUGUGCGUGCUCUGGUGAUGACGCCAACCAGGGAGCUGGCUAUGCAGAUCUUCCACGAAAGCAGUGUUUUCCUCCAGGCGCUCAAGCUGCGUGGUUGCUGCUGCUACGGCGGACAGUCUAUUAGUCAACAAAUUGCGGAGAUCAAGAAAGGCUGCGACCUGGUAGUCGGCACGCCGGGACGGAUCAUUGAUCUGCUGUGCGCGAACAAUGGCCGCGUUCUGCGGCUCAGCCAUGUGACGUACCUCGUUCUGGACGAGGCCGACCGCAUGUUUGACAUGGGGUUCGAGCCACAGGUCAUGAAGAUCCUGAAGGUGACGAGGCCUGACCGGCAGACCGUUCUAUUUUCGGCAACAUUUCCUCCGCGGAUGGAGGCUCUUGCAAGGCGGUGUUUGACGGACCCGGUCGAGGUGCUUGUAGGCGCCAAGAAUCUGGUGAACGACAAGAUCACGCAGCAGUUCGAGGUUCUGGACGAGGAGCAGAAAUUCGGCCGUUUGGUGCAGGUUCUGGCCCGCUUCCAGAGCACCGACUCGGGAAAAAUACUAAUUUUCGUCGACAAGCAGGACAGCUGCGACAGUCUGGCUAAUCAGCUCAUCAUCAGAGGGUAUCCAGCGCUGUCGCUGCAUGGCGGGAAAGAGCAGAUCGACAGGGACGGCAUCAUUUCUGAUUUCAAGAGCAACGUGAUUGACAUAUUGGUUGCUACGUCUGUUGCGUCGCGCGGAUUGGACGUGAAGGACCUGAAUUUGGUGGUCAAUUACGACUCGCCCAACCAUAUGGAGGACUAUGUGCACCGCGUGGGGCGCACGGGGCGCGCAGGCCGCUCGGGAACGGCCAUCACGUUUGUCACACGGCACCAAGAGCGCAGUGCCAGCGACAUAGUGCGGUUGCUGGAGCUGUCGGGCACGCAGCCGCCUGCAGAGCUGGUGCAGAUUGCGAGCCGGUUCCGCGAAAAGCUCAAGCGUGGCGAGGCGAAGUACGGGUCUGGGUUUGGUGGCCGCGGGCUGGAGAAGCUGGCCGAAAUCAGGGAGCAGAAAAAGAAACUGGACCGGACGCUCUACGAGGGCGAAAACGGCUCCGAGACCAAUGACGACGACGACGACGACGAAACGGCAGAGGUGCCGUCCAACAAGCUGAAGAAUUUCCAGGUCGUGUUUGGCAGCAUCAAGCGCGGUCCAGACUCCGCCAUCCACCACGCCAAGAUGAACAUCAACGACUUGCCACAGAGCACGCGUUGGCACAUGUCCAAUAAGGACAACAUUAAUAAGGUCGUCGAGGCGACGGGCACGUCGAUCACCACCAAGGGCCGCUACUACGGGCCGGGCAAGGAGCCUGGAGCCAAGGAAGACCCCAAGCUGUACCUGCUGAUCGAGGGCGACAACGAGAUGAGCGUGCGCCAGGCGGUGGAGAUGUUCAAGCGGAGUCUGGUCGAAGGUCUGAAGGAUUCUUUGGACGAGCGCAAGCGCAAGUUCACCAUUGUGUAG